UCGGUCCAUGAUAAUCCACAUACUUUCACAUCUAGAACAGCAGCAAGAUAAUCGUUGUUUGAACAUUCUCGGGAUAUAUUGAAAAUAUUAACUAUUUUAUUAUUGUUAUUGGUUUAAACACAGCUUCAUUUACAGUUCGUCUGGUGUUAAACCCGCAUGGCAGAAGGACGAUAUGAGAGAACCGGAGCAAACUGUCGUUUGCUAAGCUUGUAACUCAAGUCACGCAGUCACUGCCAUUCCCGAACUUCAGAUCUCUGUAAAUAUCACACAUGCAAUGGACGUGGGCACGAAAUCAUUGCUGUCGAAAUGAACCUUUCUCCGUCAAUUCAAAAAAGUUGUUAACGCAUUUGGAGCUGCAGUUGGUCCAGGUAAGAUGCAACAGGUCCCGUACGGAUCUGUGGAUCGAGAUAAGCCUCUCAUCCGUGUGCCUUUCACCCGGUUAGCGGUGAUCACAGUGUGUCUGCCUCUGCUCGGCCUCAUCACCUGCGUCGUGCUGUCACUCCUCAACCACUACAAUGCUGCUACUUACACACACUGUGAGGUUUCUAACUACCUCCCGUCCAUCAGCGCGUCCAUCAGUCUGACUCCAGAGCGCUACAUCUGGCGUUUCAGCGUCGGCCUGCACUCGGCCCCGCGAUUCAUGGUGGCAGCAGCAUACCUGAGCUUUUACCGUGGACGCUUUUCCAAGCGGCUGUUGGAGCAGCGUCUGAGUUUCCUCACAUUCAUCUUUGCUCUCAUCGAGAAUGUGGGGCUGCUUCUGCUCACCUACGUCUCCUCCACUGAGACCUACAGUGUCCAUAAGAGUGGUUUCAUCAUAUUUAUUGCGAGCUCUCUAUUCCACAUGCUGUGCACAUGCAGGUUGUGGUCAUUGAUUGAGAGACAUUCCCUUAGUGCAGAGGAUAUGAUGUCAUACCGUCACAAGCGCCGCCUUUUCAUCUUCAACGUUUUCUUCUGUCUUUUGGCUCUCUACUUCUACAGACGCCACAACUCGUACUGUGAACCAGGAAUAUAUACAUUCUUUGCUGUGUGUGAGUAUCUCGUGGUGCUCUCCAACAUGGCCUUCCACAUGACAGCCUACUGGGACUUUGGAGGCAAGGAGGUGAUGGUUGCAACACCUCCAGAGGGAAAACGCUUUUGACACAUCGUAUCCUUGGAACUUGAGACACAUGGGCUCUGAUGGCGGCUCUCAUUUUAGGCCAAGACUGAGGAGUGUGUGUGUGUGUGUGUGUGUGUGUGAGAGUGAGAGAGAUUUGACUUAAUUAUUUCAAAGAUUUAAUACAGGGGUUUAAAGAUCAUUUUCAGUGACUGUAUUUUGAAUUAUGAAAUGUUUUAUUAGUUAUAAGUCCUUAAAAUUGUCAGUAAUUGAUUCUCUUUAGUCCUGUGCAAUUUAUACUGCCGUUACUUCAGCUAAUUUACAUUUACUCAUAGUAAAGUGGCAUGUCUGUCUCUUUCUGAGUGGUUUUCAGCAGCAAAUGGUUGUUUCAUUAUAAACUUUGACUUUCCGCUUAUAGGAUUUAAACAGUUAGACUGCCUGUAAAAUGUCAUUAAACAGUGGACUUCGGUGUUGAAUAAGUUGCUUUGCGGCUCCUGUUUCACAAGUGCCAUUGCAAUAGUGAAAACUGUUUGUGCAUUUGAAACCUACAACAUGCAGGAAAACUGGUGUGAAAACCAGAAUUUUAUUUUUGUGUAAAUCAUGUGAAAAGUACAUUUUCACUGUUUGCACAGCAUUUAAUGUAUAUUUAAUCUUAUUUAUAUGGUUAAUAGUAGUAAAAUUAAUGGUCAUAAACACCCUGAGCCCUUAGUAUAUACUGUAUAUGAAUAUGUAAUUUGCCAUUACUUGAACACAAGGACUGGAACACUGCAAAGUGAUGUGUGACCCUUAUUUUCUAGAAUCUAAAAUAUUGUUUAACUAUGAUGAUUAUUUUUUCUGUGCCGAAGUUGAGCAUAAAUAAACAUGACUGUAUAUAAUAAUGCCCUUUAUGAUGUACCAAAAUCUUGUUUC